UCGAAACAAAAAAUGAAAAUACAGAAAAAACAGUGUUGAAGUAAGAAGACAAUAACAUCAAUAGCGUAAAGAAUCUGAGGCAGAGUCCCAUCAGACAUCACUGCCAACAUGACAUCAGCCUGGACUCUUCCCCACUCUCAUCCUUCCCCGCCGCCGCCAACCGUACUCUCGGACUCUGAUUCCGACGCAGACGGCCUUUCCUCCGGCACGGAGGCACACCGCCACUCCGACCUCUCCGACUCCAUAUUCAAGCCAUACCUCGAAUUCUCCGGCCACUCCGGCGCCGACCUUUCGAAGAUCCAAUCAUUCCUGACGUCCUCCUCCGCCGGUGCUCUCUCGUGCCUCAUCUGCCUCGAACGGAUCAAACCCUCGGAUCCCACUUGGUCAUGCUCCUCCCUCUGCUUUGCCGUCUUCCACCUCAUCUGCAUCCAGAGCUGGGCCCGCCAGGCAUCAGACCUCGCCGCCGCACGCGCUGCCACUCGCCUCCCCAUCUCCACCGCCACGGCCUCCGACACGGCCCUCUGGAACUGCCCCAAAUGCAGAUCGGAGUACCCCAAAUCUCUCAUUCCCAAAAUGUAUCUCUGCUUCUGCGGGAAGGUGGAGAACCCUCCCAACGAUCCGUGGGUUUUGCCACACUCUUGCGGUGAGGUUUGCGGAAGACCCUUGAAGCACAAUUGCGGGCACCAUUGCUUGUUACUGUGCCAUCCCGGGCCGUGCCCCUCUUGCCCCAAACUCGUUAAAGUAAGAUGCUUUUGCGGGUGCAUUGAAGAUGUUCGACGAUGUGGAUUCAAGGAAUUUUCAUGUAAUAAUCCGUGUUCCAAGGUUUUGGAUUGUGGGGUUCACCAUUGCACCGAGGUUUGCCAUCGUGGUGCUUGCCCUCCUUGCCGGACACGUGGCGUGUAUGCUUGCCAGUGUGGGAAGGUGAAAGAGGAGAAGGAGUGUUGUGAUCGUGUUUUUCAGUGCGAUCAUCCGUGUGAGAAGAGGCUUAGCUGUGGGAAACAUGUUUGUGAGAGAGGGUGUCAUUCAGGGGAGUGUGGUGAGUGUCCCCUCAAGGGGAAGAGAACAUGCCCUUGUGGGAAAAGGAUUUAUGAAGGAAUGCCGUGUGAUGCUUCUGUACAGCUUUGUGGGGCUACCUGUGAUAAGAUGUUGCCCUGUGGCUACCACAGGUGCCCAGAGCGGUGCCACCGUGGACAGUGCGUUGAGACUUGUAGGGUUGUUGUGAAGAAGUCCUGUCGAUGCGGGAGCCUCAAGAAAGAAGUUCCUUGCUAUCAAGAUUUGGCAUGUGAAAGGAAGUGCCAGAGGAUGCGUGACUGUGGUCGGCAUGCUUGCAAGCGGCGCUGCUGUGAUGGGGAUUGCCCUUCCUGCUCAGAGAUAUGCGGAAGGAGGCUUCGAUGUAAGAACCAUAAAUGCCCUUCUCCAUGCCAUAGAGGUCCUUGUGCUCCUUGCCCGAUAAUGGUGACAAUUUCAUGUGCAUGUGGAGAGACACGAUUUGAGGUUCCUUGUGGUACGGAAAUGGACCAAAAACCUCCUAGAUGUCCCAAACCAUGUCCUGUCAGUCCUUUAUGUCGACAUGCAUCAAAUUGCAAGCCGCAUAAAUGCCAUUAUGGAGCCUGCCAUCCUUGUCGGCUACCUUGUGCCAAAGAGUACCAAUGUAGCCAUACAUGCAAAUUAAGGUGUCAUGGUCCUAAGCCUCCUCCUAAACCAGAGUUUACUCUGAAACCAAAGAAAAAGAAGAUUAUACAACAAAGUGAAGGUGUUCCUGGCACUCCAUGCCCUCCUUGCCCUGAACUUGUGUGGAGAUCAUGUGUUGGACAACACAUUGGAGCUGACAGAAUGAUGGUUUGCUCUGAUAAAUCACAGUUCUCCUGUGAAAAUUUAUGUGGUAAUCCUCUACCAUGUGGCAAUCAUUAUUGUACAAAAACCUGCCAUGCCUUGGAUAGCCAAUUACGAGGAAGUGAACCAUGUGAAGAUUGUUAUCUUCGUUGCCAGAAGGAAAGAGAGCCUGCAUGUCCACACAAUUGCCCUCGGUCAUGCCAUCCUGGAGACUGUCCUCCAUGCAAGGUGCUCAUUAAGCGGUCAUGUCACUGUGGUGCAAUGGUUCAUGUGUUUGAGUGUAUAUAUUACAAUAGUUUGUCUGCAAAGGAUCAAGAGACUGUCCGUUCAUGUGGUGGGCCAUGUCAUAGAAAGUUGCCAAAUUGCACGCAUCUAUGCCCAGAGACAUGCCAUCCCGGUGAGUGCACAAAUGCAGAGAAAUGCUGUAAAAAGGUCACAGUUCGUUGCAAAUGCCAAACACUGAAAAAGGAGUGGGUUUGUCAAGAUGUUCAAGCAGCGUAUCAUCUUAUGGGUUGCCAUCCAAGGGAUACACCAAAAAAUCAAUUUGGAAUUGGACUAAUUCCUUGCAAUUCUGAUUGUAAGAGUAAAGUGCAGGUUGUUGAGUCAGAACUACAAUUGCGUAAAUCUAGGGUUACUGAGGUACAAGAUCAAGAUGCAGAAAAAUCAGUUCGAAAGCGAAGAAAAAGGAGAGAACGGGUUCUUGAAUCCAAAGAAACAUCAAAACUUCAGAAAAUAAUUUCCGGAGCGAAGCGGUUUCUUCUGUUUGUGUUUAUAUUGAUCAUUCUUGUUGCUGCUACAUAUUAUUGCUACAAGGGACUUUUACGGCUCUCUGAUUGGAUGAAUGAAGUGGAUGAACAAAGACAAAGAUAUUCUCGAAUCAAAUGAUUAUCAGUUUGAUUACCCCUUUUUGUUAUUAUGAUUACAUUAUUUUUCUUCCCUUUCAAUGUGGAUAUGUCUGAUGUAAGUUUAAUGUGCUUUUUAUGGUUCCAUGCAUUCUUUAAUCCUAGACUAGGAAGAAUAUUUAGACAUCCUGAGCGUUUCCGAAGUGGAAAUUUUAGGAAAUUAUGGUCGAAUGAAUUCAUUGAUUUUUGAGCCA